UCUUUUACGUCAAGAGGAGAGUCGGCGACGGGUGGUGGUAGGCGGGGCAAGGAGAGUCCCCACCCAUCCCUUUCGCCGGCGGCGUCUUCGCUGGGUGAAGGGGUCCACCGUCGCCAUGGUGCUCGUACUUCCGGGCCUGCAUCUGAGCGGGGCCGAUGCCGGCCAGCCGGAAGGCGCCGUUACAGCGCUGUUGGCGGUGGAUUCGGAGCCGCCCGAAGUCGCUGUUGUUGCGGGGCUAGAGGAGGUGUUGCACGUCCAGGCUCUGGAUCAGCCGGAGAGUGACUUGCUGAGCCACUUGGACACCUGCGCUUCCUUCAUCAGCCGAGCACGGGAGCGGGGUGGGACCGUCCUGGUGCGAUGUCAAGCUGGAGUCAGCAGAAGUGUUGCUGUUGUGACUGCCUAUUUAAUGAAAGCCAAUAAGCUUCCUUUUGAAGAGGCCUAUGCCUUUGUCCAGGCCAUCAAACCAGAUGCCAAAAUGAAUAGAGGCUUUGAGUGGCAACUGAAACUCUAUGAAGAAAUGGGCUGUGAAGUCAACAUAACCAGUGCUGUUUACAAGCAAUAUCGUUUGCAAAAGGUUACAGAGAAAUAUCCUGAGCUACGAGACCUGCCACGAGAUGUCUUUGCAGUUGAUCCAAACACCGUACAGCAAACUCCAAACUCUGAAGUUCUGUACAGGUGUCGGAAGUGCAGGCGUCUGCUCUUCCGAAGUUCAAGCAUUUUGUGUCAUGAUGAAGGCAAGGGACCUGCUGCUUUUGCUCACAAGAGGCUUUCAGGACCUGCUCUUUUUCACUGUGAUGGCCAGUCUAAAUGUACUUCUUACUUCAUUGAGCCUGUACAGUGGAUGGAGCCAGCACUAUUAGGAGUGAUGGAAGGACAGCUUCUCUGCCCAAAGUGUACAUCAAAGCUUGGUUCCUUUUAUUGGCAAGGUGAGCAGUGUUCGUGUGGCCAUUGGGUGACCCCUGCCUUCCAAAUCCACAAGAGUCGGGUGGAUGAAGUAAAAGGGCUACCCGUUGGGAAUCUGCAGACUGUAAAAAGAUGAACUUGGCUUAUAGUUGUGCAGCCCAAUCAGUGGCCUCUUUGCAGUAAAAAGGAUUGUUUUU